UUUAAAUAAAAAAGUAGGAUUGAAGCGUAAAGCUUAAUUUUCAUAUUCAUUUUUAAAAAUUCAAUCUUCCAUUUAGCAUAGUUUUCUCUUUAGCUAACCUCCAUACAUUUUCAACGAAACUGCAUUUACAACUCUGGCAACUUAGAAUGUUGCGGCCUUUUUUUUAUAAUUCGACUUUUCGCGUGUGUUUAUUAUUCUUUAAGCAUACAGCACAGUCAUUUAUACAACACCUCCUUCGGCACAAUAGAACUUAUCACUGUGCAAACAGGGUGAGGAGCGUAGUUAUGUAAUGUGCUCUAUCUGUUGAAAAUUUCAUUUUCAUCCUAUUAUUUGUCAAAUCAUCGGCGGUAUGUUUAUGAUAAGGAUAUGCGAUUGUUGGGGGCGGAUGUAAGUUUAAACAUCGGAAUCUUGUUUGAAUAAUCCAGCAUCUGAAACGAUGGAUCAGUUUUGCACAUCAGAGUUUUGGAACCAAACCUUAUUUUGGGAUACUACAACUCCAGUUUUCACACCUUGUUUCUUGAAAUUAGCCUUAAUAUGGGGACCUGUUGUAUUUUUUUGGAUAUUUGCUCCUGCAGAGAUUUACUAUCUAAUAAAGAACAAAGAAAAAAAAAUUCCAUGGUCUGCUCUAAAUAUAGCAAAAUUGGUAGGUGUGUUUCUUAUGAUGGUACUCACUAUAACAGAUAUGAUUUAUCAGAUGAUUCGAUUCACAAAGGAAGAUGUUCGUCCUGUAGAAUAUUAUACACCUUUUGUUCUUUUUGUCACAAUG